CACUCUCUCUCGGAGAGCAGCAGAGUCUCCUCGCUGUCUUUAGCGAGCUCGGACGCGCCGAACAACAGAGGAUUUGUAUUUUUUUUAUACGUACAAAAUACAACAUCUCUCUUUUCAAACCGGAAGUGCUUCACACACUGCCGAGCUUUAAAGCCUGCCUGAGGAUAUUUCCGACCCGUUCGCCCUCAUCGCUGACAGAAUGUCCAGUGAGGUCCAGCCGAGGCCAGAUGACAGUCCCAACACGAGCGGAGGCAGUUCUGACGCCGAGCAGAGAGACGUAGCGCCGUCGGCGCAGCCUGAGGAAAGAGAGAGGGAGAGAGAGCAGGCUCCGCCAAAGAAGAAGGAGGCCAAGUUUUCCAGCAAGACACCUGCUAAACUCUCGACCAGUGCCAAGAGGAUUCAGAAGGAGCUUGCGGAGAUCACUCUUGACCCUCCUCCGAACUGCAGCGCCGGCCCCAAAGGAGACAACAUCUACGAGUGGAGGUCCACCAUCCUGGGUCCUCCAGGCUCCGUGUACGAGGGAGGAGUCUUCUUCCUCGACAUCGCCUUCACUCCAGACUACCCCUUCAAACCGCCCAAGGUGACGUUUCGUACCAGAAUCUACCACUGCAACAUUAACAGUCAGGGAGUGAUCUGCCUGGACAUCCUGAAGGACAACUGGAGCCCGGCGCUAACCAUCUCCAAGGUGCUGCUCUCCAUCUGCUCUCUCCUCACAGACUGCAACCCUGCCGACCCUCUGGUGGGAAGCAUCGCCACACAAUACCUGACCAACAGAGCAGAGCACGACAGGAUAGCCAAACAGUGGACCAAGCGCUACGCCACAUAGACCUUCCUACGCUGCUUCAAAGCUCCGUCCCUUCCCGUAUCCUGACGACCCUUAUCCCACAACGAACUGUCCUUCGUUUUCUUGUUGACUUGAAAGCUUUUUUUAUACAGUGUAUGCAUAAUAAGAGCAAGCUGAUCAGGAUUGUACUUUUUUUUUUUUCUUUUCUUUUUUUUUUUUUUUCAAUACACUGAAUGUUGGCAUGGUCAUCAAAAGCUGUAUUAUUUGUAAUGUUAUAUUGCUGUUAUGACCGUUCUGCUAUUUUUUUCGCAUCAUUCAGAAGUGACCAGAGUGCACUUCAUAUCCAGCAGGCUCGACACGGACGGCCAUCAUCACCGAGCGAGUGGAAGGCGAAAUGAUCACUGAAUAGUUUUUUUUUUUCUUCCCUUUUUUUUUUUUUUUUUUUAUGAAGCGGACAUUCUUUCCCCCCAUAAACGAUUGUUUUAACUCGGCUCCCCUUUCUGUUAAGUUGUAUAUGUGGAACACUAUGGCACUGGCCAGUUUAUCUUGAAACGUCUCGUAAAAGUUCAGCAGCCUGAAGCUUGCCCUCGCGCAGCCGACGGCGGAUUGUUGUAAAAUGCACAUUGUGAGAGAAAAUUCAUUCGACUGAUUCCCUGUAAGUAACUGAGUGAAUAAAUGAUGUGUUGAGUUGAAA